AACUCCGCCUCCCCCUGCAUCAUCUCAGCUCCGCUCUCACCAUCACACACUCACGUAAUACUCCCGUGGUUAAGCUGACUUGUUGGAAAUGCUUGAGGAUCUUAACAUUUGUCCGACUGCACGCCGCCUGUAACAUCAGCGAAGAUCAAAGAAAAGUAAAAGCGCAACAAGAAAAAAAAAGCGUCAUCUGAGCAGACUAGGGGCGGUAUCGCAGAUUGGAACCAGUCAUUGAAGGUGUUGCACUGUGGCAGGACUCUCGUUGGCUGAAGGGCACAAGCUGCCAUGCCGUUUGGUUGUCUCACACUCGGAGAGAAGAAGGAUUAUAACAGUCCCACGGAGGUGACUGACAAAUAUGACCUCGGACAAGUUGUUAAGUCGGAGGAGUUUUGUGAGAUAUUCCGAGCAAAGGACAGGAAUACCUUGAAAAUGUAUACAUGUAAAAAGUUUAACAAAAAGGAUGGAAGGAAAGUGAGGAAAGCUGCAAAGAAUGAGAUAAUGAUCUUGAAGAUGGUAAAACAUCACAACAUCCUCCAGCUGGUUGAUGCAUUUGAAACUAAGAAAGAGUACUUUAUUUUUCUGGAGCUUGCUACAGGAAGGGAGGUCUUUGAUUGGAUUUUGGAUCAAGGCUACUAUUCAGAAAGGGACACUAGCAAUGUAAUGAGGCAGGUUCUGGAGGCCGUCGCUUACCUGCACUCUCUGAAGAUUGUCCACAGAAACCUGAAGCUGGAGAAUUUGGUGUACUAUAAUCGUUUGAAGCACUCCAAAAUUGUUAUCAGCGACUUUCAGCUGGCAAAACUGGAAAAUGGACUAAUUAAAGACCCAUGUGGGACUCCAGAAUAUCUUGCACCUGAAGUGGUUGGAAGACAGAGAUACGGUCGGCCAGUGGACUGCUGGGCCAUCGGCGUCAUCAUGUACAUACUUUUAUCAGGGAACCCUCCUUUCUAUGACGAUUCUGAUGAAGAAGACCCAGAUAGCCGUGACAAGAACCUCUUUCUAAAGAUUUUGUCUGGGGACUAUGAAUUUGAUUCUCCCUACUGGGAUGACAUUUCUGAUUCUGCCAAAACCUUGGUAGCAUCUUUGAUGGAUGUCGACCAAGACCAGCGAUUGACUGCACAGGAAGCUAUUGCCCAUGAAUGGAUUUCUGGAAAUGCGGCCUCUGACAAGAACAUCAAAGAUGGAGUUUGUGCCCAAAUCGAGAAGAACUUUGCCAAAGCAAAGUGGAAGAAAGCUGUACGGGUAACUACCCUGAUGAAACGCCUUCGAGGGCCUGAUCAGAGUGACUCGGGGGCUGCAGGAGCUGCAGCAGGGGCAGCAGCCGACGCCAACACACCCGGAGGUGGUCCUGCUCCUCCAGCUGGCGGCGGCCUUAGCAUGGCUGCCACCCUUAAAGCUGCUCUUAAAGAAAAGGCCUCUGACACACAGACUGCAACCAGCCCUGCACAAUCCUUGCAGCCUGGAGCGCAGCAGGAGGAGCAGCAGUCACGGUGCAACGGUGAGGCUCCGCAAAUGGUACCACAGAGAAAAGGAGACUAAGCCAGUUGAUACAUUCAGGGGACCCAUGAUAAGAUAUGGGCCUACAAGCACAUGUAAAACUAAAACAUCUGGCAUCAUGAGUAUGUGUCUGUGCUGUCCGACAAUCACAGUUCACAAAUUUUUCAUCUUUUGCCUUUUGUACUGGUUGAUUAUUAGUGUUCCUCUACCUUCCUUUUUCCUUUUGUUAUUUUGUGUGUAGGUCUCUUAAAAUGAUUGUUGCAAAGUAGCUCUUUUAUUGUUUCCCCUCCUUUGAGAACUGUAUAAUAUAUUCAGGUAAUUCAUUGUUCAUUGUGUAAUUAAGUGAAUUUCAGAGGCUCAUUGUAUAUACAUGUAUUUGUCACAAAAAUUGCUACUUUUUAGCUUUAGAACUUACUAGCCUGAGUUAAUAUCUUGCGACUUAAAAUUAUAAGUUGAAAUAUUUGGUAAUUUGAUCACAAUUAAUUUGAUUACAAUUGUUUUCAAAGUAAGCAAAUAACACUGUACUUUUUAAGCAUAUUUGAGUGAAAUCUUUUCCUAAAACAAAUCAGACAAGGUAGCCAUCCUUAGAUGUGCAUUAUCCAAACUGUAGAAUAAGUCGAUAUAAGAAAAUAACAUUUAAAACUGUAACAUAUAGAUAAUAAUAAAUAUGAUAAGUAUUUUUUUAAUGAAAGACUAUAUAGCUGAAAAGGCGAAUUUGACUACUAGAUAUCUACAAUUUAGUGCAGUAUAUCAAACAACUUAAAAUUUUAAGGCAGCAAGAAUGCACAUUUUUAAGUUGAAGUGCCUUAUCAUUUGUUGCAGUCAUGUUUCUAGACUUGAUUUAAAAUGCUUUUUAAAUAACUAAAAUAUUCAAAAUGUUUCAUUGACUUCUGUUUUGGGCCUUGUAUUUUGUCCUCUUUCAUGGCUUGAUUUAUUACAAACAAAAAUCAAACAAAAAAUAUUUAGAAUGUUCUGUGUACUGUGAUGUUUUCGCUGUUGCUGUGUUGUAACCUGUAAUUACUAAAUAAAGAUUUUAUUGUAAAGCCAACAUGCCAUA